AAUCAGUUCAAAUAAUUAGAGCAGAAAAAGGACCCUCGGCUCGACCUUUUUUCAAAAUUGAAAAACGAUCCUCAUAAUCCCGCCCAUCACUCCCUCUAUCCUAUCAAACCGGGCCUCCAACUCAAAUUGCAAAACAAAAGAGGGAAAGCUCGAACCGGGUAGCUCUAAUCUGUGAAUCUUUUUCUCUGAGUUGCAGCCAAAGAAAUGGACUCUCUACCUGAUGCCAUUGUCCAUUACAUACUAUCCCACAUAAGCAACGCGAAAGAUGUGGCCUAUUCUUCCUGUGUUUCCAAACGCUGGAAGGAAACAAUGCCACUGAUCAAGACCCUUUUUUUCCCCCGAAACCUCUUCGACAAUUUCAAGAACGGGAACCCUGAUGCCAUUAUAGGUCAUAUGAUCUCAUCCGUUGAGAGAUUAGAAUCUCUUUGUAUCUACUGCCCUUUCUCUGGGGUCAGUCUUGCUUCAUGGCUUUCCCUCACGGGCCCAUCCCUACGGAAUCUCGAGUUGCGCAUGGACAACUUAGUCGAACAUCAAAAUAACUCCAAGUUGGAUUCCAUAAGAGAAGCAUUCAAUCUGGAGUCUUUGAAACUAUGGGGUGUGCUUAUGAAACAUACCCCCAAAUGGGAUACCUUCCACAGGCUUAAGAAUCUUGAAAUAGUUGGGGCAAGGGUUGAUGAUGUGGCAAUUUCUAGUGCAUUGAGAAACUGUCCUAAUGUUCGACACCUUCUGUUGUUAGGGUGCGAGGGACUACAGUCUGUGGUGAUUGAACUACCAUAUCUUGUGCUUUGUAAGCUUGAUUUCUAUGGGAUUGGUAACUGCACACUGUCCCUUGAUUGCCCAAUGCUUGAAGAAAUUGAGAUACAAGGGUGUAGUUGGAUUAGAGCUCGUGAGAUGCAGUCCUUGAAGAAUCUUACCAUUGCCAAUAAUUCAGGGAGAGUUUAUAUGGUAGAUUUUGGGAAGCUUGAAGUUCUUGAGACCUUAGUCAUGAGAGGGAUCCAAUGGAGCUGGGAUGCCACAAGCAGAUUGCUUCAAAUGGCAAGUGAAGUGAAACAACUCUUCAUGAAGGUGGAAUUCACUGGGGAUUUUGAAGCACUCCUGGCUUUUCCCGAGGUUGAUUUUGUUGACUUCUUCAAUAGCCAUCCUAAGCUUCUAUCAUUUGACAUCCAUGGUGCCAUGUUUGCAGCACUAUGCCAGAAAAGUAGCCUAAAAAACUUGGAUUCAAGCUUUGUGAUUCCUUGCUUGGAAAAGGUGGUGGUCACAGUGAGAUCGCCACUUAAUGCUGAACAGAAGAUGAGUACCCUGGAGUCAUUGCUAAGGUACUCGAAGAAUUUGAAGAAAAUGACAAUUAAAAUUCUUCAGAUGAAGAGCGGCCACAGCAGCACUGAUGAUUUUUUUGAGGAUAUAUGCAGAUUCAGAUACCGGAACCGCAAGGUUGUUUCCAUUGAAUAGUAGUGUUGUCUUUCUUACUUUCACCAUGGUUUCUCAUUUUUCUUCUCAUUGUCCAUUCAAUAAAGAUGCUUAUAGUGUUACUCUUUUUUUGAAAGCUGGGAAAGUUUUACUUCCUAAAACAAUUGAAUUUUAUAAUCUUAUCUUGACAUUCUUUUUUAGUAAAGCAUUCUCUAUUUAUGUAAACAUCUUCUGAGGUUAUCUAUGGCUGAGGGCGGUAGCCAUUUUCAUUGAUUA